AUGAGUGCUUCCCGCCUCAACAACAGAGCAGAAAGCCAUUUCCAAGCCCAGGAGGAGCACGAACUGGACGCUCUGGGGAAAGGGGCCUGGGACAACCCCGUCUACAAUGGCUCGCCUUCCUCCUCGCUGAAGAUCAGGGCGAUCUACAACCCCAAAUCCAUCCUGGAAAACCCCUACGAAAAUGUCGAGCGACUGACGGGCCCCUCACCCCCCGGGAAGGAGGCAACGAAUGCCGAGGCGCUGGAGGAGCUGCGGAGGGCGGCCCCCUUCCCCGGGUGCUGCUUCCAUGUCCUCAAAGGCAUCCGAGGACUUUGGGGCACAACUCUGACGGAGAACACUGCGGAGGAUCGAGAGCUUUACGUGAAGACCACACUGCGUGAACUGCUGGUCUACAUCAUAUUCCUGGUGGACAUCUGCCUGCUGACUUAUGGGAUGACCAGUACAAAUGCCUACUACUACACCAAAGUGAUGUCCGAACUUUUCCUGCAAACCUCUUCUGACAGUGGGAUCUCUUUCCAGGAUAUUGGAAGCAUGGCUGAGUUUUGGGAAUAUUCGCAGGGCCCCUUGCUGAACAGCCUGUACUGGACCAAGUGGUACAACAGCAAGCCCCUGGGCCACGAUCCACAGUCGUACAUCUACUACGAGAACCUGCUGCUGGGGGUGCCGCGGCUGCGCCAGCUGAAGGUCCAGAACAACUCGUGCGUGGUGCACAACGACUUCAAGGAAGACAUCUCGGGCUGCUACGACGUGUACAGCGAGGACAAGGAAAACCGGUCCCCCUUCGGGCUCCUCAACGGCACCGCGUGGCAAUACCACACUGAGGAAGAACUGGAUGGCUCCUCUCACUGGGGGAAGCUGACAAGCUACAGCGGAGGAGGAUACUACCUGGACCUCAAGAUGACCCGGCAGGAAAGUGCCGGAGAGCUCCAGGUCUUGAAGGACAACCUGUGGUUGGAUCGUGGAACUCGGGUUGUCUUCAUCGACUUCUCCGUGUACAAUGCCAACAUCAACCUCUUCUGUGUGCUCCGGUUGGUGGUUGAAUUCCCGGCCACCGGUGGCGCCAUCCCCUCGUGGCAGAUCCGGACGGUGAAGCUCCUCCGGUACGUCAGCACCUGGGAUUUCUUCAUUGUCUCGUGUGAGGUCGUCUUCUGCGUCUUCAUCUUCUACUACAUUGUGGAGGAGAUCUUGGAGCUGCGCAUCCACAGGCUGCAGUACUUCACCAGCAUCUGGAACAUCUUGGAUAUAGUGGUCAUCCUGCUGUCUAUUGUAGCCAUUGGAUUCCACAUCUUCCGCACAAUCGAAGUCAACCGGUUGAUGGGGCAGCUGCUCAGAAACCCCAGCAUCUACGCAGACUUUGAGUUUUUGGCGUUUUGGCAGACGCAGUACAACAACAUGAAUGCCGUGAACUUAUUCUUUGCCUGGAUCAAGAUAUUCAAGUACAUCAGCUUCAACAAGACGAUGACGCAGCUGUCGUCCACACUGGCGCGCUGCGCCAAGGACAUCCUGGGCUUUGCCAUCAUGUUCUUCAUCGUCUUCUUUGCCUACGCACAGCUGGGAUACCUUCUUUUUGGAACCCAGGUGGAAAACUUCAGCACCUUUGUCAAAUGCAUCUUCACCCAGUUCCGAAUCAUCCUCGGUGACUUCGACUACAACGCGAUCGACAACGCCAACAGGGUGCUGGGGCCCAUCUACUUUGUCACCUACGUUUUCUUUGUCUUCUUUGUGCUGCUGAACAUGUUCCUGGCUAUUAUCAACGACACCUAUUCCGAAGUCAAAGAGGAGCUUUCCAACCAGAAGAAUGAGUUGCAGCUCUCAGACAUCCUAAAACAGGGCUACAACAAAACCCUGAUGAAGCUGAAGCUGAAAAAGGACCGGAUCUCCGACGUGCAGAAAGCGCUGCAGAAGGGAACCAAGGAGCUGGAAUUCGAGGAUUUUAAGAACAGCUUGAGGGAGCUUGGCCACGCGGAGCAUGAGAUCACGGCGGCCUUUGCCAGGUUUGAUGAAGACGGGAACCAGAUCCUUGAUGAAGAGGAGCAGAAGAGAAUGCAAAAUGACUUGGAGGAGAAGAGGGUUGCUCUGAAUGCUGAAAUUAAGAAUUUGGGGAAAUCCUUUAGGGGAAACGGUUUGGAAGACACUCUUGCCUUCGCAGAGGAGAAGAACAAUCAAGCAGACAAGAGAAGCUCAGUCUCGGAGGAAGAAUUCCAAAUACUCCUGCGCCGAGUGCUGCAGCUGGAGCAUUCCAUCAGCGGCAUCAUGUCCAAGACGGACGCCUUGGUGGUUCAGCUGGAAGGGCUGGAGAGAAGCAAACCAAAGAACAACGAUCCUGCGUUGGAGGAAGAACAGCCUGGCCGUAGCGGAACGGUCCCUCCAAGCGCCGAGCGGGGCGCUGCGGGAGACGGCGGGACGGAGGGCGCCCGCGGGCCGAGGAGCAACCUCAGCGCAAACGCCGUGGCGCCCGGCAGUGCCGCCCUGCCCAAGGCAGAGCACCGGGGCCUCCGGGUGCUCGGGGACGUCCCGCCGCAGCCGCACCUGGGCUUCUAG